GAAUAAUUAGUAAUUGAUGAUCAUCAUCAUCAUCAUCAUUUGAAUUGAUAAUCAAUGAUGAUGGCCGAAGUGAAAACAUCUUCAUCAGCACCAUCCACACCGGUGGUAAAGUCGAAUACAACGAAUCAACAAUCAUCCACUGGAUCAUCAUCGAAUAUUAAAAUUAAUAUCCGUUCAACAAUGGAUAAUAAUCGUCCACCAUCUGCUCGAAAUAAUAACAAUAAUGAUAAUACAAGAAGUGGUAGUGAUGGUGGUAAUAAAAUGUUUUCAAAAAUGAAAUCCGAUUCUGAUCUUGGAUCACAACAACAACAACAGCAAUCAUCGGAUAAUCAACAACAACAAUCACAGAAUAAACAACAACAACAACAGAAUAAGAAACGUAAAUUGAAUAAUAAUUAUCAUCAUAAUCAAGAUGGUGAUCAAUCAUCAUUAAAUUAUAAUGGUCUACCAUCAUCACAGCCACAAAUGAUUGGUCCUCGUUUAACUGGACAGCCAAUUUAUGAAUUUCCACCACAGGAUUCAUCAACCCAAACAUUUACAGGAAGAUGUCGUUUAUUCGUAGCCAAUCUACCAUCCACAGCAACAGAAGAAGCACUACGUAAAUUAUUCUCGGAAUUUGGACAAACAUCCGAAAUAUUCAUUGGUAAAGGAAAUCAAUUUGCAUUCAUUAAGAUGGAUACACGUAUUAAUGCAGAGAAUGCAAAAAAUGCAUUGGAUGGUAAACCAUUCGAAGGCCGUACAUUACGUGUACGUCUUGCUGCUCAUGCUGCUGCGAUCAAAGUGACGAAUAUACCGCCAUGUGUUUCGAAUGAAUUAUUACAAUAUGCAUUUAGUACAUUUGGUCCAAUUGAACGUGCCAUUGUUGUUGCCGAUGAUCGUGGCCGUUCAUUAAAUGAAGGUAUUAUUGAAUUUGCCCGUAAAUCAUCAGCACAAGCAGCGAUAAAAAAAUGUCAAAAUGAAUGUCUAUUAUUGACGGCAUCACCAUUACCUUGUAUUGCAACAUCAUUGGAAUCACGUGACGAAGAAGAAGGUGUACCGGAAAAAAAUAUUCUAUAUCAAUCGGAUUAUCGUCGUGAACGUGAAAUUGGUCCACGAUUCUCCGAACAGAAUACAGUGGAAAAUGAAUUAGCGAAAAAAUGGAAAGAAUUCAUGCAACAUGAAUCCGAACGAAGACAAGCAUUCGAAACAGAAAUGCAACAGAAACGUGAAAAUUUCAUUGUACAAAUGGAAUAUUUUCGUUUGGAAGAGGAAACCAAACGAUUACGAGAACAAUUACAACGAAUGGAAUCACAAAUACAACAUAUGAAUGUUGAACGUGAUACACGGCAAGAUUAUGAACGACAACGUGAAGAAAUGCGUCGACAUCAUGAAAAUGUUCUUCGACAACAGGAAGAACAAUUGAUGGGUGGUCAACAACAGCAUACACCAAAUGAUGUGAAUAUGCUACGACGACAGGAAAGUGAUCUACGACAACAAGUAACCACAUUACAUCAGAUGUUGGAACGUCAAGAGCAAUCCUUACGUCAGAUGGAUCCGAUGGGGCAACAUAUGGAUUCUCAGGUCUAUGGACAACAACAAUCUCAAAUGAUGCCCGGUAGUAAUGUUGGUAAUGGUCCAUCACAACCUCCACAACCAGUUCAACCACCACCACAUCCAUCGCAAAUGAGUGGAGCCAAUCCAAUGGCCGGAAUGAUUGGACCGCCACCGCCACCACAACAUGGUCCAACAAAUCCUUAUGGCCAUCAACAUGUAAAUCAUCAUUAUGGUGGUAUACCACCGCCACAUCAUCAACAACAGCAGCAGCAACCUCCACCCCAACAUCCACAAAUGAGUCAUCAUCAUCUUCAUCCUUAUGGUGGUGUACCACCACCACCCCUACCUGGUCAUCAUCCUGGUGGACAUCCAGGACAAAUGCAACAACCACCAUCAAGACAACCGGUACCGAUUGUGCCGUAUAAUGGUGUUCCACCACCACAGUUAUAUGGUCCACAACCACCAUCUCAGCAACAACAACAACAACAACAAUCUGGAAUGAAUCAUGGUGACGGAAAUGAUAAUGGUAACUAUGGAAAACGUAAUCGACGAUAUUGAUAUUAUUAAUGGAUAGAAACACAACCAGUCUGAUGAUAUAAUGGCCCGAAUCUUUUGCAUAUUCAAAAAAUUUAUUAUCAUUAAUUUCACAUCGCAUCAAUUCAAAAGUAUCUCUAUAUUUGCUUUUUUUUAUUUUACAUUUCAUUUCCCUCUCAUUAUUAUUAUUAUUAUUAUUAUUAUU